CACUCAUUAGACUCAACACUAAUGCACUGAUAAUAGUGUGUAGUCUUUGUCUGCAGUGACUGUCGUGGCAGUGAAUCCAAGCGUUCAUCCGAUCGACGAUUAACUGAUCCCAAGUGAGCACUACAUACACGACACGAUCGCAGUGUACGACUGACCACAAGCACAGGUGUGUGAGGACUGGGAGCCGCUCUGCCUCUCAACGCACACAUCCAUAACAUAACACUAUUUGUGAGACAUUUGUGACGCUAUUGGCAGUGAAUCGCAUCCAAAGCCAGUCCGCAACCUCUGGACUGUCAUCGGCGCACGUGUUGUGGUGAGCCAUGGAUUGUCCGCACGUGUGUCAACUCAAUGGAUCCAAACUGGCCAACAGUUCCCAUCUGAAGACGUUAUGCGCUGUACAGGAGUUCGAGUGCUCGGACUGCAAGUCGAAGAAGAAUUCGUGGAUUUGUGUCCAUUGCGGACAAGUGGGAUGUGGUCGCUAUGUCUGCGGUCACGCCAAAGAGCACUUCGAGCAGACGCCCGGACACUCCCUCUGCUUCGACGCCAAUACCUUUGCAGUCUUCUGCUAUCUCUGUGAUGAAUUCGUGGUAAACGACACCCGAUCUCGACUCUUACAACACCUGAGGAAUAAAUUCUUAUCAAAUAAUGAUCCGGAAAACUGUCGUCAAAACCAACAAAACGCACAAAACGUGUCGACCGGUGGGGCCGUCAAGAGAAAGGGUUCGCAUGAAAACCAACAAAAGUCUAAUAAUAGGAAAAAGAUGAAAGCGAACCAAAGGCUGGCCAAAGCUCGGGCGGCAGGGCUCAGGAAUUUAGGGAACACUUGUUUCAUGAAUGCUGUCCUUCAGUCACUGAGUAAUAUCCAGCAGUUUAGCUGUUAUUUCAAACAACUGCCGGCUUUGGAUAAGCAUCGGUGGAACGGUAGCCGAACGGCCAUCGCUUCGGCCCGACGUAUGACUGACGGCGACGUCCUAUUAGCUGAAGAGCUGCGAAAGACAAUGAUAUCCCUUUGGGAGGGCAGUAAGUCUGCCAUAUCUCCCGAAUCUUUGUUUGCUGUGAUAUGGAAAGUGGUUCCGCGGUUCAGGGGUUACCAGCAACAGGACGCUCACGAGUUUCUGCGAUAUAUGUUAGAUAGACUUCACACCGAAUUGUUAGGCAUUGUUCCCAAUCCUACCAAAAGACAUAAUAACACACAAAACCUCUAUUUAUUACCGGCGGGUAAGUCCACGAUCGUGACGUCCAUAUUCGGUGGUGUACUUCAGAACGAAGUGACGUGUCUUGUCUGUGGCACUGAGUCCAAGAAACACGACCCAUUCCUCGACUUAUCGCUAGACAUUCCUCAGAUGUGCUCAAACAUGAAGAAUGGCGUCAAUAAUGGCGAAGAGACGCCUCAGAGCUGCCAUUUGUCUGACUGUCUCUCGAGUUUUACGGAACUCGAAGAACUCGCGGAGACAGAGCUCUAUAACUGUCCGAAUUGUAAGCAAAAGCAAAGGUCAACAAAACGCUUCUGGAUUAGGAGACUGCCUAAUGUCCUUUGUCUACAUCUGAAACGUUUUCGAUGGACUAACUUCUUCAGAACCAAAUUAGAUAAUUAUAUAGAAUUUCCGGUAAAUGGUCUCGACAUGAGUCAGUACGUCCUCUCCAAUAUGCACGAGACUCGGGGCAGCGCCUGCGGCAGUACUUUCUACGACUUGGCGGCAGUUAUCGUCCAUCAUGGUAACGGUGCCGCCUCUGGACACUACACGUCAUACGCCACACACGAAGAUUGUUGGCAUCACUUCAAUGACAGCUCAGUGACCAUAUGUGACGAGCAAACGGUGUCCCAAAGCAAAGCCUAUAUCCUGUUUUACAUACGACGAGAGCUCAACUUAACGCCAUUCACAAUAUGAGUGAUAAGUAUUUGUCGUUUGAAUUCGCGUUCAAACUAUUUUUGAUAGAAAAUGUAUUACAAGAUAUCGAUUUAUAAAUCAUUUAGUAUUCAAAUAAAAAAUAUUUAAUUUUAAUAAAAAUA